AAUAUUCAAAAUCAAUAGAGAGACUGAGUGUAGACAAAGCUAAAUUUCUUGAUCUCAAAUCUAAGGGUAAACCUGGUCCAAAAGUUGACGAUGCGAAGUCAAAGUUCUUCCGUUCCACAGUUCACCUCCACAAACUACACAAUGAUUAUGUAAUAUCUAUAAACAGUGCACAAGAGCACCAGACAAUCUUAUGGGACACAACUCUCCCAGCUUUGCUCAACUGCCAUAAAGAAGAACAAGAAGCAUUAGUGUAUAAAACACAACUCAUCCUGGAAGAUUUUUUGAACUAUACAAACACAGCCAGCACUGACUUCCAGACAGCCAGACAGAACAUGUCUCAUGCAGUCAGCCUGAUCCAAUCAGGGCAGGAAUAUUCUAGCACCUUUAUUGAUUUGUACAAAUCCUCCCCACCUGAGCCGAUUGUGUUUGAAUUUGAUGAAAAACUACUGGAAGGCUAUUCUGGGUCUUUGAAAGCAAGUGUGAUAGAAGUCAAUGAUUUAACAGUGGAAUUACUUCAGGAAAG